CGAGCGCUCCUCCAAACACAAACUGCUGGAGCUGGACCCAGAUUCAUUCCGGUCUAACGAAACCGUUCUCCCCAUGGUUCCUGUGCGUGGACUACAAGAACGUCCGGCAGCCAAUGUCACACUUAAGUCGGCUUCGGAUUUUACUUCUUGUUCGAGUUCGAGCUUGUUGUUUAUGUUAGCAACUUAGCAAGCUAGCAGAACGCCCAGGAGGUCCAGCCGAUCGCUCGGUCUGGCGAUGGACGGAGCGGACCCGCAAAAACCGAGCGGGUCGACGUCCUGUUCGCACUGGCGCGUCUGGAGCCAGUAGCGGCAGUCGAAAAAUAACAGAACCUCCGCUUCCCUGCUCACAAUGAACACGAACCCGCUAGCCUAUUUCCCAGAAAACUCCUAUAAAAUGAGCGAGGAGGACGUGAAAAGGCUGAUCCAGUUCAGAGCGUCCAACGAGGUUCUGUUCACCGGGAAAAGGAAUUCUGCCAAAAUAGCCUGGAGCAUCAUACUGAGGGGUCUGGGCCUGGAAGGGAAGCUGACGGCAGAACAGAUUGCUAAAAAGUGGGACAAUCUGCGGACCAAGUACAAGGACCUGAAGCAGCCCUCCCAGGGUCAGGAGCCCCCAGGGGGCGUGACCGAGUCGUGGCUGUGGUUCCACAUGAUGGACGAUGCCAUGCAGGGUCGACUGUACAACAACCAACUUGCGCUGAGCAACCAGAACCACGACAACAACGACAUCUUGGAGUUCCUCAUUAAAACUGAAAUGGAGGACUCGGGGGCGAAGAUGGAAAGUGCCGAAGUCGACGGGACAACUGAUGUUGAGGCUACGCCCACUGAGUGCGUUCCUAUGGGCUGGAGGAGGAUGAACGAGUGCUCGUACAAAAUGUCCGAGGCUGAAACGGACAGUCUGAUCAAAGUCCGCGCCGUCAACGAGGCCAUAUUCACUGGCAGGAAGCACACGGCCAGGCCGGCGUGGAGGGCCGUCCUGCACGAACUGGGUCUUCAGGGGAAGCUGACCACAGAUCAGCUGGCCAAGAAGUGGGACAACCUGAAGAGGAGGUAUAAGGAGCUGAAGUUUCCAGCGCGCGGUGUGGAGUCCAACCCGAGCUCGUGGCCGUGGUUCUGCCGGAUGAACGACGCCAUGGAGGGCCGUUUGGCCGGCGCCGCGCCCGUCCUCACACCCAUAGUGGACGACGAAGACGAUGACUGCGAACUGCUGUCGCCGACUCCCAAAAAGCGAGUGAGGCGAAGUCGCGGUGGAAUGGCAGAGUUUCUGAGCGAGUCCGAGAUGGACCUCCUGGUCGACGCAGAGGACAAAAACACUUCUUCGGCAUUGGGAGAUUUGCAUCGAAUGUCCGAGUUCAACUAUAAACUGACAGAAGAAGACAUCCGGCGACUGGUGGAGCUCCGAGCUGCUAACGAGUCUUUGUUCACCGGCCGAAGGAACAGCGCCAAGCCAGCUUGGAGGGGCAUCGUCAAGGAACUGGGACUGACGGGCAAGAUCACCCCGGACCAGGUUGCCAAGAAGUGGGACAAUCUGAAGACCAAGUUCAAGGACCUAAAGUUCCCCCCUCGCGGGAUGGAAGUGCAGACCAACCCGGCGUCCUGGCCCUGGUUUCAGCUGAUCAGUGAUGCCCUGGAGGGACGACUGGCGGGGAAAGCCCCCCUGGUUACGCCCAUCUGGACCAACGAGGAGGACAGCGUCUUUAUCUCCUCCCCUCCACCUGCCGACAGUUUGAUGGUAGAGAGGAGUGUGUGCGGGUUGGAGUCCGUGGCGGGCGGCGACGGCGGCGAGCCCGACGGUAACGUCACGUACAUUGACGCCAGCGGGGAGGAGUGUUCCACACCGUCUGACCUGUCUUAUAAAAUGACCGACCAGGACACUCAACGCAUGAUCCAGCUGCGAGCUGCUAACGAGGCCUUGUUUACUGGAAGAAGAAAUGCUGCCAAAGCUGCUUGGAAGGCUAUCAUCCAGCAGCUUGGUCUUCAGGGAAAAGUCUCCACAUACCAGAUGUCGAAAAAAUGGGACAACCUCAAGCGGCGGUUCAAGGAUCUCAAGUACCCUCCAGCGGGCAUGGAGAGUGUCAGCGAUGGUGCCGCCUCCUGGCCGUGGUUCCACCUGAUGAGUGACGCCAUGGAGGGUCGUCUUGUGAGUAGCGCACACCUCAUCGCCCCCGCCACCCGGGGCGACGGGCAGCAUCACCCUGACCCCGCCCCCAGGCAUCGGACUCGCUCUGCCCCUCCCCCCACUGACUAUACUCAGGAGUCGUACGGCGAUGCCAGCGGCAUGCAGGACCGGCUCGGAGGCUUGGAGAGGGAGUGGGAGGCGUUGCAGCGAGAGCGGGUGGCGGUGGAGCGUCAGCGGGAGAUGCUGGAAGGAGAACGGGCGGCGGUGGAGCGGGAGCGAGCGGCGGUACAGGCAGAAAGGCAGUGGCUAGAGCAGGAACGUGUGGCGGUGGAGAGGGACCGUGCCAUGCUGGAGCAGGAGAGGGCGGGGCUCAGCAGAGAGAAGGCGAUGCUUGACCAGCGCACACUAAUGCUAACGCCCGUCGUCCACUCCGGACACCUCAACUCUCUCUUGUAGACUCCGCCCCCACAGGACGUUCCACAUUGUCAUUUGACUUUACAGAUCACCUCUUUGCAUUGUAUUUCGGCGAGCUGAAGCAGUUUCCCUGGCGUUGCAUUUGAAGGCGAUCCAGGCAGUUUCUAUUUAUUGGAGAAGACAACGGUAACGAGGGAGGCGGGACUUCACUUUGUGCCUCAUGAAUACCAAUUACAGUAGUUUGGAAGCCUUUUUUUCGGAAAAAAAAAUAAAAGUCUGAUGGCAUAAAA